GAGGGGAGUCCUGGGCAGGGCUGGCUGGGGAAGACGCCUGGGGCACUGCCCAGCGCUAACAAAGGGAACGGGCUACCGACCAGCGUCAGCGCAGAGCGGGCGGAGCAGCCGCAGCCUUCUUUACUGAGAACGCAGAGAGCACGGGUAGAGCCAGUUGUGCAGAGCUCUGCAGCGAGCAGCCCAGAAAGAAGCAAUGGGUACCAUGGAACCCAGCUGAAAUGAACUGCUCCUUUGAGUCUGUCCCAAGCCUUGGUGCCAAGUUUUCAUCCUAGUGCUGAGAUGUUUUUUGAUCAUCCUGAGAAAAAUGAGCCCUGGCCUCCAGACCUAAUAAAGCAGACCUUGUUCCCAUGGAGAACAGUGCUUGCUCCUGAGGAUCUGGAGGGCCUGCAGCCCCAGGAAUAUUAGCCAGAAGCAGAUUUGUUCUCCUGCUCAGAACAGAGGGGCUUCCCUGAACACAACUUUCAUUAUGAUUCACACCAACAUGAAGAAAAAAUUUAGCUGCUGUAUUGUGGCCUUUCUCCUGUUUGCAGUCAUCUGUGUCUGGAAGGAAAGAAAGAAAGGGAGUUACUAUGAUUCUCUUAAAUUGCAAACCAAGGAAUUCCAGGUGUUGAAGACUCUGGAGAAACUAACCAUGAGGUCUCGUUCCCAGUCUGUGUCCUCAGACAACACUCAGGACCCACAGAAGAACAGCCAGGCCCUCAGUGGUCCCAAGGACUCCACCAAGUCCAAUCCACAAGCCUCCUUCCAAGUGUGGAACAAGGAAAGCUCAUCAAAAAAUCUUAUCCCCAGGUUGCAAAAGAUCUUGAAGAAUUAUCUGAAUAUGAACAAGUACAAAGUGUCCUACAAGGGGCCAGGGCCAGGUGUCAAGUACAGUGCAGAUGCCCUGCGCUGCUACCUUCGGGACCGUGUGAAUGUAUCCAUGGUGGAGGCCACAGACUUUCCCUUCAACACCUCUGACUGGGAGGGCUACCUGCCCAAGGAGAACAUCAGGACCAAGGCUGGGCCAUGGCACAGAUGUGCUGUUGUCUCGUCAGCAGGAUCUCUGAAGUCCUCCCAACUGGGCCAAGAAAUAGAUGAUCAUGAUGCAGUCUUGAGGUUUAAUGGGGCACCCACGGCCAACUUCCAACAAGAUGUGGGCACGAAAACUACCAUUCGCCUGAUGAACUCUCAGUUGGUGACCACAGAAAAGCGCUUCCUCAAAGACAGUUUGUACAAUGAAGGAAUCCUAAUUGUGUGGGACCCAUCUGUAUAUCAUUCAGAUAUCCCAAAGUGGUACAAGAAUCCUGACUACAAUUUCUUUAAUAACUACAAGAGUUAUCGUACGAUGCAUCCCGGUCAGCCUUUUUACAUCCUUAGACCCCAGAUGCCUUGGGAGCUGUGGGAUGUCCUUCAAGAAAUCUCCCCAGAAGAGAUUCAGCCAAACCCCCCAUCUUCUGGGAUGCUUGGUAUCCUCAUCAUGUUGACGCUGUGUGACCAGGUGGAUAUUUAUGAGUUCCUCCCAUCUAAGCGAAAGACUGAUGUGUGCUACUACUACCAGAAGUUCUUCGAUAGUGCCUGCACAAUGGGUGCCUACCACCCACUCCUCUUUGAGAAGAAUAUGGUAAAGCACCUCAAUGAGGGCACAGAUGAGGACAUUUACCUGCUCGGAAAAGCCACACUGCCUGGCUUCCAGAACAUUCACUGCUAAGCAUGGCCCCUAGGCCAUUCUUCUCCAUCAGGCAUUUUAGAGUUGGUCCCUUGGCCACCUGAGCCUGGGAAGACCAUUUUCCUGAACAGUCUCAGGCUGCUUUUUGUCCUAUGUCAGCAAGAGCUCUGGGGAUUCCAGAGCCUGAGGGUCAGAAACCAGCCCCAAAGUGUGAGCCCUGCCUGCUGUCACAUGAACACACAUACCUAACAUUCUCUCUGGACAGCACCCUCCUCUCUUUCCACAUAGGUAAUGCAAGAUCCACCAUUCCUAUCAGUGCUGCCAAAGCUGGGCUUUGUUUUUUUCCCAACUGAAUGAUGCUCUCACAAACCAGAAUUCUAUGUUGCUUGAGAUCUCUACCUAGAUAUUGAUUUCAUGUUUUAAAGAAACGCUCUCAAAAUAUGAUUGUGCUGGGAGCAGGGUGGCUCUGUUGGGGCAAAUAAUUGGCACAGCACAUUGGAAGGAUGCUCAAUUCCUCCUCUAGAGCAGAGCCUCUCCCAAGGCCCUGCCCUGGGGACAUGGCCCUGUCAUCACUGUGGCUGCCUGGGCUGGCUCUCAACCUGGGUAUUUAGGAGCAAAGGGUCUCCAUUAGCCCACUUUUUCUUUUCCAUGUGGAAUCAGCCAGGUUGUGUGUUGUAUUUCAACUCUUCCCUUUUUGUGUCUGUCCCCAAACUCCUCCUAACUCCUAUCUUUUUUCCUCUCCCAAAUUACUUUUAAACAUUUUCUGCUUUCAAAGCAUCCUGACCCCAAUUUCUUUGACCUCAUGGACCUUCUGCAGAAGGUCUCUCAGGGAGUGGGGUGUGGUUUUUGAGGACUUGUGGGUCCCAGAGGUUAUAACCUAUUGAUGAUCACUGACCUUCACAAGGACUGAGAUAUGUGCUGUCAGAACAUCAUGGCCUCCACCCAUUCCCUGCAAAGGAGUGGCAUUUGAGUGUCUGGGCGGAGGCCACCGACUUGUGGUUUGCAAACUUGCUCUUGGCUCCAUUUAGGGUCUGAUUUGGCACAUUCAUUGUAACUUUGAAUCAUGACCAUGGAGUGCUGAGGAAGGUGGCAUUCUGUGGACCUGAGAUACACGUUGUAUGAUUGAGACAACACUGGGUAGAAUAUAGUUUUUAAUUGUUAUUAUUAAUAUAAGGGAUUAAGUUAAUUUAAUUAUGAU